UGUGAACGAAACAAUUGUUAUGAAAGUGUCAGAGGUCUACUGACUGUGAUGUUCAGGAGUGCGUUACUUGUUGCCCUCCUCACUAUACCCAUACCACAUCCCGUGGUUGCUUUUACAGGCCUCAAACACUGGUCCAGGAAAGCGUUGUACAAUAAGAUAGACCUCUGCACCCAAUCCUGCUACAGCCAGAUCAUUCCUGGCCUCUACUUGAGCAAUGCCACAGCGGCCGCGGACCGAAAUGUACUUCGACAGCUUAACAUCACCCACGUCCUCACGGUUGAAGCCCGCCGGCUACCGAAAUCAACUUUCGUUGAUUCCAACAUCUGCACGCUGUACAUUAGGGCCAACGACACUCCUCAAACCAAUCUCCUACCCUACUUCCCAAUGGCCAAUGCUUUUAUUGAGGAAGGACUGCAAAAGGGCAACGUCCUUGUUCACUGCCAUUUCGGAGUAUCACGAUCGGCGACGUUAGUGAUUGCGUACAUCAUGCAGAAGUAUAGUCUAAGCUUUGAACAGGCGUACAAUUUUGUACGGCAGAGGAGAAAGUUUAUAAACCCGAAUCCAGGGUUUGUAAGUCAGCUGAAGCAGUAUCAUAAGAUGAACUAUGACGUCAAUGGCUUGCAUAGAUUCGAGGCUUAUAUGAAUGUAAAUGCAAGAAGGCAUAGAUAUAAAAUUGCUUCCCUUGCAGCUGUAGUAGUGGGGCUUAUUCUUCCAUUAGCAGUGAUGGUUGGUUGACUAUACUUGCACUGACGACUGUAUUACAAUAAAUAUACCAGUUUGUUUUAUACUUCUUUUACUUUCAGGGUGCUAUAGUUUAA